AUGUACCUCCUACCUCUCAUCACCUUACCCCUGCUCAUCUCAGCUUCUCCUCAUCCAAGAAAACAUACUCAGACUGAUCCCACUGUGAUACUCGAAUCAUGCGAUAACAGCGUCACCUUGACUGGAAGACAUGAUCAGUCGUUCAAUCAGGAUCUAUACCUCGGUAUACCCUAUGCUCAACCUCCUAUCGGUCAUAGAAGAUUCCGACUCCCCGAGCCAUAUACCUACAAUGAAGAUUUGGUAGUUCAACAACAUGGUCCAGCAUGUUUGCAAGCACCCAAUACCACUGCUGAAGGACAGUACGGGAUGAGCGAGGAUUGUCUGUUCCUCGACGUAUAUACUCCUCAUCGACCAGAGUGGAAGAACGAGAAGUUACCAGUAUUGGUCUACAUUCACGGAGGCAGUUUCAUCGAAGGUACAGCAUCGAUCUAUAAUGGAUCUUAUUUUGUCGCCCACUCUCAGGAGCUUGGAAAACCUAUAAUUCUCGUAGUAACAAAUUUCCGAUUAGGUAUAUUCGGCUUCGGUUACGGAUCAGGAAUCGCUGAGAAUGGAGCUGCCAACUUAGCCAUGAGAGAUAAUAUCGCUGCCUUACAAUGGGUAAAAGAGCAUAUACAUUCUUUCGGAGGUGAUCCUAACAAGGUUACUGUUCUAGGUGGAUCAUCUGGUUCAGUGGCGAUAUCACUCCUAUACCUCAAUCCAGAGUUUGAUUUGUUUAGAUCAGCCAUCAUGUCCUCAGGCUCACAGAAUUCACCUCCGAUGGGACCAACAGGUACAACUUGGGAAGAGGCUUACCAAUAUCUAUUGGAAAUCACCAAUUGUACUACUCCUCAACAAGAUACAACCCCUUUCGAAUGUCUGAGAUCGUUCCCUGCUGAUAUUCUGUUGGAAGCUCAACUUGCGUUGAAAGCUGAUCCGAGGUGGAGUACGAGUUUCAUCUUCGGACCGAGUAUUGACGGCGAUCUAAUCCCAAAAUCACCCUACGAGUUACUCGAAGAAGGUAAAUUCGCUAAAAUUCCAUUUAUCGCUGGCAAUGUCAAAGAUGAAGGAACGGUCUUUACUGCGCCGACUGUUAACGCAUCUUCGCUAUUCGCCGUGCUCAAAGCGAUCGAGCCUAUCGAUCCUUCAUUAAUAUUGCUUGACGAGCUACAAGACGCCUAUCCGGAUGAUCCUUCUAUAGGACCUUUUGACACUGGUGAUGAAAUGUUUGGAUUGGAUCCUACGUAUAAACAAGCUGCAGCUAUAUUUGGAGACGUAGCCUUCCAAGCUCCUCGAAGGCAUUUCUUACGGGCUGCAAACAGACAUGGCUUGAAGGAUACCUGGACAUACCAAUUCGAACAAAUCAGUCCCGAUAGAUCUGCUUACUUGGGUGUAUCUCACGCCACGGACGUACCGUACUUCUUCGGUACUGCCAGACCAGGUGUAGGCGAUGCACAUUAUUGGCAAUUCAACUAUACAGAGCAAGAUCACGAGCUGAGUGAUAUGAUGAUAGAUUAUUGGAUAAAUUUCAUCUACCACACUAAUCCAAAUCCGAUUCCAUCCAAUGAGGAAGAAUGUCUCGUGGAAUGGCCAAGAUACGACAUAGCCGAGGAAAGCAGGAACAUGUUGAAAUUAACAUUUGGUGAGGUAGAGGUAAUCAAAGAUGAUUACAGACAAGAUGCGAUGGAUGUGAUUUAUGGAAACUAUAACCAGUUUAAUUGGAAGAGAGAGACGAUCGAAUCCGAUUGA